AUGGAUGCCUCACAGCAACAAGAAAAAGUAAACCUUGAUUCAUUGGAAGCCUCUAACAUAAAUGUUGUCAAAUUCCGUCGAACUGGAGAAAGUGCCAGAUCAGAAGAGGACAACAUCUCUGGAGAGCAUGAAAUUCAAAUUGGACCUGUCCACACAGAUUUGGAAGCAGUGGAGCUGGAAGAUGGAACCACAGUGCCAAAAGAGUUUGCCAACCCUACUGAUGACACAUUUAUGGUGGAAGAUGCCGUGGAAGCAAUUGGAUUUGGGAAAUUUCAGUGGAAGCUGUCAAUCCUUACGGGACUGGCCUGGAUGGCAGAUGCAAUGGAAAUGAUGAUUCUUAGCAUCCUGGCUCCACAGCUCCACUGUGAAUGGAGACUGCCCAGUUGGCAGGUUGCUUUGCUAACGUCGGUUGUGUUUAUUGGGAUGAUGUCCAGCUCAUCUCUUUGGGGAAAUGUCGCAGACCAGUAUGGUAGGAAAACAGGUCUGAAGAUCAGUGUAUUUUGGACGUUAUAUUAUGGAAUCCUCAGUGCAUUUGCCCCGGUCUACAGCUGGAUUAUUGUGCUUAGAGGACUAGUUGGUUUUGGGAUUGGAGGUGUCCCUCAGUCCGUGACAUUGUAUGCAGAGUUUCUUCCUAUGAAAGCAAGAGCAAAGUGCAUACUUUUGAUAGAGAUAUUCUGGGCAGUGGGCACCGUGUUUGAGGUUCUGCUGGCUAUCUUUGUGAUGCCCACCUUAGGAUGGCGUUGGCUCUUGAUCCUAUCAGCCCUGCCAUUAAUGCUGUUUUCAGUUUUGUGUUUUUGGUUACCGGAGAGUGCUAGAUAUGAUGUCCUGUCCGGAAAUCAGGAGAAAGCUCUUGCUACCUUAAAGCGUAUAGCAACAGAGAAUGGUGCUCCAAUGCCAUUAGGAAAACUUAUCUUAUCCAGGCAGGAGGAUCGUGGUAAAAUACAGGACCUUUUUUCACCUCAGUUCAGAUGCACAACGCUGUUGCUUUGGUUCAUAUGGUUUUCCAAUGCCUUUUCAUAUUAUGGGCUGGUUCUCCUAACAACAGAACUUUUCCAAGCUGGAGAUGCAUGCAGCAUUUCCAGCCGGAGGAAGGCAGUCAAGCCAAAAUGUAGUCUCUCCUGUGAAUAUUUAACUGUGGAAGAUUACAAAGAUUUAUUAUGGACCACGUUAUCUGAAUUCCCAGGUGUGUUGGUGACAUUGUGGAUCAUUGACCGAUUAGGCCGGAAAAAGACAAUGGCCAUCUGCUUCUUUGUUUUCUCCUUAUGCUCCCUUCUUCUUUUCCUUUGUGUUGGACGGAAUGUCCUUACCGUUUUACUCUUCAUUGCAAGAGCUUUCAUUUCAGGUGGAUUCCAAGCUGCCUAUGUUUACACACCAGAGGUUUAUCCAACAGCUACACGAGCACUAGGUCUAGGAACAUGCAGUGGGAUGGCGCGUGUAGGGGCAUUAAUUACACCUUUUAUUGCACAGGUGAUGCUCGAGUCUUCUAUAUAUCUCACAGUGUUGGUAUACAGUGGCUGUUGUCUACUGGCAGCAUUGGCUGCUUGUUUCCUCCCCAUUGAAACCAAAGGCCGAGGCCUUCAAGAGUCUAGCCACAGAGAAUGGGGUCAGGAGAUGGUGGGAAGAGUGCACACAAUUCUGGGGUUCACUCCUUCAAACUCUGGCUCACAAGAAUGACCCCUCACUUUACCUGUUGCUCACCCACCCACACACAGAUAGCCUUUCAAUCUCACAUCUACUGUACCAUUACAUGGAUGAAUUAAAGAAUGAACAGCAAUGGUCAAGGUGCUACAAAAAAAAAACAGCACUAUUAAGGUAAUGGGAAAAGGAAUUGUUUAUAGUCUUCUAAAGGGUUAAAAAUGUGCAGUACUGAAGUUUCAGGGAUGAAAUGGAUUCCGUUAAUUACUAUUAAUUUAAGAAAACAAUCAAAUAACAAGUUGUAUUUUUAGCUCUAACAACAAAAGCGGUAGUCAGCACUGGAUGUGAUCCUACCCUGAAACGACUCACUUGCUUUGGAUGCGUCAUGGCUUCUGGAUGCCGAACAAUGCCUUUUGCCGUUUCUUUUAUUUCCAUCUGGAGACAAAUAUGUCUUCACACUGCAUCUAAACAUAAUUAUUCUGACCUUUAAUUUAUAGACUAUAAAACUUUACGGCCACUUACCUAAUUAGACUCCCUUUACAUUUAUUAUCUCCAUGAAAUUAAGUUGUAUGCUAAUGAGUUUAUUUGAACAUAGAGUUGUAAAAUGUAUUUCCUUCAGUCAUAUUUGAUAGGAGGCAUAUCAAAAACGUACCAUCAAUCUUUCCAGAGGAUAUAAUUUAUGCAGUUAUUUUCUACACAAACGUUACCCCGUUCAGUAGUCAUUAGGCAUGCUCCGGAUGUGCUGAUGGAAGUCCCAUGGCAGAUCUCUCCAUAGAUUACUUCUGACAACCAAUAUAGCAGGUACCCCGAACAGUGUUUGGUGCAAUGACCAUGUUAAAGUUUCAGCACUGUCGGCAGAACACAGAUGCAAAUCAGUUACCAGUUGGAUGCUAAGAUUGAGAUAUUUUUCACAGGAAAAAUCUGAUG